CAUAAAAAGUAUAAGCACACAAAUAUAAUUUGCCAACAAUCCAUUAAUCAUCCAAUGUCGCUGGCUACUACCUAGUCAGAACUCAGAAGCUCAUCAUCUGUACGUACAACUUCGAUUCGAGAAUGAGCUAGACUGCAGGCGUUCUACUCUAGCUUCAGUAUUAUCAGUUUUUCACAAUGGACCCUACCAUGGGUUCAGACUUCAAAGCAGGUUAAAGGUACCACAAUGACCUUGAAGGUACCUGCCAUUAUGCUCAACAAUAUGCAAACCUUCAAAGGUAAUACGGUAUGAAAAGCACUCGUUGGGAAAUCAAAUUCAAACUUCAUUUUCCAUUUGUAAGCUUUGUGCGAGCAUCAUAAUUUAUAAUUUGAACACUAAUACUAUGUUUGGUUUGGGGUAACCGUAAAGGGAGCAAAUCUAGGGUAAAUACAAUUUUCAAGCGUUUGCCAAUCAUAAUUUAUAAUUCGAACACUAAUGGGUUAAUUGCAUGGUUGGUCACUGAGAUUACAAAAAUCGUUCAUGUUUGGUCACUAGAAAUAUUUAAAUCCAAUCUUGGUCACUCAAAUUAGUUAAAUGGUUCAAGUUUGGUCACUCUCUGUUACCUUCCGUCAGUCUCCGUUAACACCGUCAAUUAUUUGCUGACGUCGCUAACAGACUCACCUAGUCACCUAUUUUUGAAAAAAAUAAAAUAAAAUCCAAUCCUGCCAAGUCAUAAAAGCUUGCCACAUCAUAAAAACCUGACCAAUGUGACCCAACCCAUUAACCCAUGAUCUGACCUACCCCAAAUUAAAACCCAAAAUUGACCAAUCCUCAAAAUCCCUUGCCCGGAGUAGACGAUUAGAAGAAGCUAUUGCCGCCGACCUGUCCAAUCCGCCGGUUUCCCCUCUCCUCCUUCCUUCGACAAAAACAUCAACGCCACGAGUACCACCAACUCCCUCUUCCCUUCUUCUCCAAUCUCUAGCUCUCUUGGUGAAAAAUAGUCGGCCAAUCUUCCGAUCUUCCCACCAGUCUCUUCAAUCUCUCCUAUCGACCAUCCCCAAUUCCUCCAUCGUCCCUUCCAAUCUCCCUCGUCGAUUUUCCACUCCCUUCAACUUCCACCAUCUUCCUCUCUCCGACUUCCAGCCGAAGGAUCAGAAUCGUCCCGGCCACAUUCCUCUCACGCUCUGCUUCUCUACUUCCUCGCCCUCCAUUCCAUCCAUGCUCGGCGUCUCCCUCAGCUCGAGAAGCAGAUCCGGUAAACAUAGGCCUUCAACUCCCUCAUCGUUGCCUCCUUAGCUUUUCCAGUAGAUGACAAGUUAGGGAAAAUCAGAUUCAGUAAGAUAAAAUAGAGGAAGAAGAACCCAAAAGAAGGCUCGUGUUCCUCAGGCGACUGGUAAUCCCUAGCUCGCUCCAUCAUCUGACUUCGACACCGAUGGCAUGCGUUGGAGGUUGGGGGAUAGCUGAGGAUGCAGCAGCCGAGGGAUUGGUGGGCAGGGGGCGAAUCUGUGGUGUAGGAGGGGGAACAAAGACUAGGUCGGGAGUGGUGGUAUCAAGGGAUUGGGGCAGGAGGCGAAUCUCUCGAGCCGAGGGAGACGCCGAGCAUGGAUGGAAUGGAGGGCGAGGAAGUAGAGAAGCAGAGCAUGAGAGGAAUAUGGCCGGUACGAUUCAGAUCCUUCGGCUGGAAGUCGGGGAGAGGAAGAUGGUGGAAGUUAAAGGGAGUGGAAAAUCGACGAGGGAGAUUGGAAGGGACGAUGGAGGAAUUGGGGAUGGUCGAUAGGAGGGAUCGAAGAGACUGGUGGGGAAGAUCGGAAUAUUGGCCGACUAUUUUUCACCAAGAGAGCUAGAGAUUGGAGAAGAAGGGAAGAGGGAGUUGGUGGUGCUCGUGGCGUUGAUGUUUUUGUCGAAGGAAGGAGAAGAGGGGAAACCGGCGGAUUGGACAGGUCGGCGGCAAUAGCUUCUUCCGGUCGUCUUCUCCGGGCAAGGGAUUUCGAGGAUUGGUCAAUUUUGGGUUUUAAUUUGGGGUAGGUCAGAUCAUGGGUUAAUGGGUUGAGUCACGUUGGUCAGGUUUUUAUGAUGUGGCAAGCUUUUAUGACGUGGCAGGAUUGGAUUUUAUUUUAUUUUUGUCAAAAAUAGGUGACUAGGUGAGUCUGUUAGCGACGUCAGCAAAUAAUUGACGGUGUUAACGGAGACUGACGGAAGGUAACGGAGAGUGACCAAACUUGAACCAUUUAACUAAUUUGAGUGACCAAGAUUGGAUUUAAAUAUUUCUAAUGACCAAACAUGAACGCUUUUUUUAAUCUCAGUGACCAACCAUGCAAUUAACCCGAACACUAAUACUAAGUUUGGUUUGGGGUAACCGUAAAGGGAGCAAAUUUAGGGUAAAUACAAUUUCCAAGCGUUUGCCGAUUUUGAUAAUUUUGAACAGUGAUCAGGGAGAGUAAAUAGGGUAAAGUUAAUAUUUUAAUAACUUCAAUUUGGAGAGCACAGCGAGAGAAAGGAGGGAGGAGGAGGGAAAGAUAAUAUUAUAUAAUUUUUUUUGUCAUAGAUAAAUCAUAAAUAGAAUAAACAGGUAGUCAAAGAACACCAAACAACCAAACGUGUCAGUCGAUCAAUAGUCGAACCGCUGAUGAAAGGACCAUAUGAGCCAUUCUAUGGACAACCCUGUUGUACCUGCGGGGGUAAAGGUACAAGAGAAAGAAGUAAAAAAGGACACGGCCAACCAGACUUCUUCAAGUAUUGCGCCGCCAAUGCCGUUAGCCACAUCCUUAUCUCAAACGCACCACAGUUUGGCAAUCCCCGCAAAAGUCCACAUGACAAAAGUUAUGAGUUUGACACUAGUUCAUACCAUCCCGUAAAGCCAAUAGUUCCAUUAAAAAUGGAUUGGUAAUACCUGUAUAUUGUUUGCCAAAGGCAAAAUGGAGCUCCCCAUUCUUAGCAAAAUCAGUAAAGUGAAUUGCCCCACCAGAAUUCGAAUGCUAAACUCCAUCAAAUCAGACGAGAAUCCCGCUAGAUGAAGACGAACCGUCCUACACAAUUCGAGAUGGAUGUCCUGUAUUAUUAUUACUAGCAGAGGGGUCGGCCCGUUGGCCGGCUAGCUAACUUAAUUUAAGUGAGUGUUUUUGGGCCGCUGAUAGAAGCCCAUUAGUCCAAUUUGAAACCACAAAGGCUAUCUGUUGCGUUUCUAGUAUAUUUAGCCCAAAUUAAAUUAUAAUUUCUUUUUCCUUUACUGUAUUUAUUAACCUAAACUUAAAUAGACAGCACCCAAAUUAAGAGGAAACGUUUCCCCUUCCUUCUUCCCUUUUACGCCUCUGUUCAGUCUCCAACAAAAACAGCAAGCAGAGACAAAAUUCCUUGCAUGGAUGCCCUCCCCUGCUCUCUUAUCUAAAUGACAACUUCUAUUCUGAUUGUGGGAAACUGAUUUCUGUAAACCCACCUCGAAACUUCUCCCAACACACUUUUCAUUCAUAUCAUCAACAACGAUGAAGGGUAUUAAGCGGAAUCUGUCCUCAAAUCUUCCCGCCGGAUGAGGCAACGUUUGCGGUCAUGUGAAGAGACCACCCAUCUAAAUCUUAUUACGUGGGGUUUCAGUCAACUUCUUUUUCUACCGAUUUGCUAAACCCUUGGUCUGGGAUAGCUUUUCUACGUUUCAAUCAGAGAUUCCCAGCAAACACUUGCCAGCUCCACAGGUACGUUAGCUUCCAUACUUUUGGAUACAAUGUGAUUCCAUUUAUUAAAAUAAGCGGUAUUAUAUAUU